UCAUUGGCUAGUGCGCGCAGGGGGCGGGGUCGCGGGGCCGGAGCAGGACGGCCGCCAUCUUGCGCGGAUCCGGAAUCCGGUCCCGGGUCUGCGGCCUAGAGUGCGCGCGAGUCCGCGGUUCUCCCCUGCCGUGGCCCGACUGGAGCCUUCGCCCUCCGCCUCUCUGUCCCCGGCCGGAGUCCGGCCCCCACGCCUUCAUCCCGGCGGGGUCCGGCCUCCCCGCGGGGUCACGCGGCUGCCCCGGGGACGAUGAACGGAGGAUAAAUGGUGCCCAAGGCAGACAGCGGCGCCUUCCUGCUGCUCUUCUUGCUGGUGCUCACUGUCACCGAGCCGCUGCGGCCAGAGCUUCGGUGCAACCCUGGGCAGUUUGCCUGUCGCAGUGGCACCAUCCAGUGCAUACCCCUCCCCUGGCAGUGUGAUGGCUGGGCCACUUGUGAGGAUGAAAGUGAUGAAGCGGACUGUCCAGAAGUAACUGGAGAGGCCCGUCCUUACCAUGGGAAGGAGGCUGUGGACCCCAGGCGGACCAGAGGAGGCAACCCCACACACUUCCACACAGUGAACGUGGCUCAGCCUGUGCGCUUCAGCAGGAAGUGCCCAACAGGGUGGCACCACUAUGAAGGCACAGCCAGCUGCUACCGGGUCUACCUUAAUGGGGAGAACUACUGGGAUGCUGCACAGACCUGCCAGCGUGUGAACGGCUCCCUUGCCACCUUCUCCACUGACCAGGAGCUGCGCUUUGUCCUGGCCCAGGAAUGGGACCAGCCAGAGCGGAGCUUUGGCUGGAAAGACCAGCGCAAGCUGUGGGUUGGCUAUCAAUAUGUCAUCACUGGCCGGAACCGUUCCUUAGAAGGUCGCUGGGAAGUAGCAUUCAAAGGCUCCUCAGAAGUGUUCCUGCCCCCAGAUCCCAUCUUCGCCUCUGCCAUGUCUGAGAAUGACAAUGUGUUCUGCGCCCAGCUCCAGUGCUUCCACUUCCCCACCCUAAGGCACCAUGACCUCCACAGCUGGCACGCCGAGAGCUGCUACGAAAAAUCUUCAUUUCUCUGUAAAAGAAGUCAGACAUGUGUUGAUAUCAAAGACAAUGUGGUGGAUGAAGGAUUCUACUUCACCCCCAAGGGGGACGACCCAUGCCUGAGCUGCACCUGCCAUGGUGGGGAGCCUGAGAUGUGUGUGGCUGCCCUCUGUGAACGGCCCCAAGGCUGUCAGCAGUACCGCAAGGACCCCAAGGAGUGCUGCAAGUUCAUGUGUCUGGACCCAGAUGGUAACAGCCUGUUCGACUCCAUGGCCAGUGGGAUGCGCCUGGUCGUCAGCUGUAUCUCCUCCUUCCUCAUCCUCUCACUGCUACUUUUCAUGGUCCACCGGCUGCGCCAGCGGCGCCGGGAGCGCAUCGAGUCCCUGAUUGGAGCAAACUUGCACCAUUUCAACCUUGGCCGGAGGAUCCCUGGCUUUGACUAUGGCCCAGAUGGGUUUGGCACAGGCCUCACCCCACUGCAUCUUUCUGACGAUGGGGAAGGUGGGACUUUCCAUUUCCACGACCCUCCACCUCCCUACACAGCUUACAAGUAUCCAGACAUCGACCAGCCGGAUGACCCACCACCACCCUAUGAAGCUUCCAUCAACCCAGACAGCGUGUUCUACGACCCUGCAGAUGACGAUGCCUUUGAGCCCGCAGAGGCCAGCCUGCCGACCCCAGGGGAUGGUGGUAUUGAAGGUGCAUUGCCCAGGCACCUAGAGCAACCUCUGCCUCCUUCUGGAACCUGCUUGGCAGAUCUGGAAGACUCUACUGACAGUAGCAGCGCCCUGCUUGUGCCCCCUGAUCCUGCCCAGAGUGGAAGCACCCCAGCUUCAGAGGCGCCACCAGGGGGCGGACGCCACCCCCAUGGCUCCCUCAACACCAUGGUGUAGACAGCCCAGCUCACAGCUCCAAUGGGCUAGGAGCAUGUUUCCUGUUGAGAAGAUACCUGUCCCUGUGGGAAACUUGAAGGGGCCCUGUCAUAGCCUGGACCCUACUCCACUGCCACAUACCCACCAGCAGCGGGUGUGUAUGUAGAAACUGAAGCCAGCCUCCCUGAAAGGAGCAAGCACCUGCACUGACCUUUCCCUAGGGGCUUCUCAAACAUGCAUAGCUUUGGGUCUCUGUCUCCUUUUUAAAUGGCAGAGUGACACAGGUGUUCAAAACCACACAUUUUUGAGGAAGGGAAUAGAAGGCACUGGGCUGCACUCACACCAGAUACAUCUUUGGGUGGGCUUGGCUUAUCGCAGUGUCCUACCUACAAAAGCCUACCAGCCAGCUAACAACCAGUAAUUGAGCCCCAGCGGAUGGAGAACAGGGCCACCACUGUAUGUGGUGCAGCAGGGGCAUCUGUUGACUUGGUGGUAUUGGCAUUGGGUCUGCCUCUAGGGAAAGCCUUUGAAGCUGCUGCACUGGUUCUGGGACAGCCUCUCCAGGUCCAGCUAUGACCAUCGAGGUGCCAAGCCCUGAGAAGGUAGACCUGGAAGGAAAAUGAACAUACCACCCUGUUUCUAGCUCUGCUUGGAGGCCAUCUCUGUGACAGGGAGCCACAGCUCACCCCUACCAGCUCUCCAUGGCAUUGCUCUGCAUGGCUUCCCCCAGGAGGAGGUUCUAGACCUGUGGAGGGUUAGGGGUAUGCUGGCUUUUCUCUGCUAUACCCUAGAUCCCUUGGCUCUUCUUCCUGGUGAAUGGCCACUGGGUCCGACCUGCCCCCUCCUCACCUUGUUUGUGCCAUAAAGGGUUGUUUCUUUGGGAAGAGGAAUGGCUCAAAUGAGCAUCCUGUGCCAUGUCAUCUGAGGAUCCACUUCUCACCCCAUGACCACACUGGAGCCUAGCAUCUGCUGGCCACAUACACACCUCCAUAGCACUGGGUACCGGUGGCUUUUUAAAACCUGAAGGGCCCUAUUGCCAGCUCCCUGUGGAGACCUGGGGUCUUGGCUCCUGACACGGGCCUUUAGCAUUUCUAAGGUUUGGAGGUUAAGCGGGUUCUGUGCGAUUUUUAGCACAUUCAAUCUUUUCUACAUUGAGUGUCUGAAUCUUUUCUGUGUGUAUUUGUGUGUACUUACAUGGCCAAAUGUUUGCAAUAGUGGUGGUUCAUAGGAACUCAGGGUGGGGCCCCACUGUCCAGAGUUAGCUGUUUGACUGUGGGCUGCUCCAAGACAGCUGUGUUUGAGCUUCUGCCCUGGCCAUGUCAGUGGCGCUGCAACCUUUGUCCAACUGAACAACAUUGGUAGGUGUGACCAAGACCUGUGGUUCUUUGGUGCUUUGCAUCAGUAGACCAGCCCCGCCUGGUUUUAGGUACAUUCUUAUACUGGUUGGAAACAUUUUUCCCCCACUUCCCAUAAGAAGGAGAAUCUUCCAACCUGACCUGUGUCCCAGAGCUGGCUGGAGGUGUAAGCUUUGUCUUUGAACAGCCUGUCCCAUGGCUGGGCCUACAGGGCCAGCUGGUGCAAGCAGUCCUCCAUUAGCCAAAGGGCUCUUGCUUCCUAUACCAAUGUGAGGGCAGCAGGAAGUUCAUCAUGCCUCCAGUGGAUGCUGGGUAGCCACAGUCCAGGGCAGCAGUGGAAAAUCAUACUGGUGAUGGGUCACUCAGAAGACCCCUAAGGACCACUGGCAGAGCCUCAGAAGGUGAUAUGCAUGGGACUGUGAAACUUCCUUUGGGGACCAAAGGACUGUUGGGGUUGAACUGGCAUGUAAGAAGCAGAAGGGAAGAGGGUGGCCUAAAGUGGACCAUGGUACUACAGAGGUAGAAGUAUCAGGACUGACCAAUGUGCUCAGAGUUAACUGAUGGUAACCUGGGCACUCAGCCUAGUGAGCCCUGAGGCUGGAUCGAGGGCCUGUGUAUAGGACACUUCAGACUGUUGGCACUGCAGUUCCAGGAGCUGGGAUCUGCCUCUGUCCACCAUCCUGUCUGCCAAAUCUGAUUGACUAACCCCAAGGCCAGCCAGCAUUUGCUGAGACUUAUGUUUCCCUGCCUGUCCCACAAGACCCCCGGAGAGACAGGCCAAGCUCCCAGGAAGCCCCUUGCCACUGUUUCUGAGAGGCCAAGUGUCCUCUGACCUGCCUUGAAGUGGAAUUUGAUACUGUACAUUGUCUCAAUGCCUGUUUUUACAUUUUCCUUUCACUAAGGGUUUUAGUUUGGGUGUAUUUUUGGUCGGGUUGGCACUAAUUCUUUUCUUAAGAUGCUGUGAGAACCAUUUCAUCCAGAUGCCAAAUAAACUUGUGUUAUGGAAAAAGCA